AUGGCUUGUCGCGGUCUCUGCUCCUGUUCUUCGCCCACCUUUGGCAACCUCAGCGAAGACACCGCCCGGUUCCUGCUCCUGGCUGUUCUGAUUAUUCUGUACAUGGGUUGCGGAGCUGCCAUCUUCUCCGUCAUUGAGCGACCCUCCGAGCUGGAAACCCUUCAGAAGUGGCAGAUAAAGAUUGAAAACUUCUCCCAGAAGUACAACCUGGCUUUGGCGGAGCUGAGGGAUUUUCUGUUUGAGUACGAGUCCGCCUACCUGAUAGGUGUCCGGGUCAACACAACGCGGCCCCAGUGGGACUUGAUAGGGGCUUUUUUUUUUGUAGGCACCGUGGUUUCUACUGUAGGAUUUGGCAGAACUACACCCACUACCACAACAGGAAAACUUUUUCUGAUAUUUUAUGGCCUUAUUGGCUGUGCAGCAACCAUCUUGUUCUUCAACUUAUUCCUAGAGCGUCUAAUCACAGUCAUAGGAUGUGUUAUGAAAACUUACCAUAAGAGGAAGCUAAAACAAAAACUUCCUAGAGAUGUCCAGCAGGCUGGGAUUGAUGAAAUAGGCAACUUAGCUGGAUGGAAGCCCUCUGUGUAUUAUGUCAUGCUUAUCUUGUGUUUGGUAUCAGUAAUUGUUUCCUGUAGUGCCUCUGCUAUGUUCUCGGCAACAGAAGGAUGGAGUUACUCUGAUUCCCUUUAUUAUUGUUUUGUGUCCUUCAGUACUGUUGGUUUUGGUGACAUGGUGAGUGGUUGGAAUCCAUACUACAAAAAUCAACACCUUUAUCAGUUUGGCAACAGUGUUGUUAUAUUUACAGGGAUAUGUUUUGUAUAUUCCUUAUUUAAUGUGACCUCCAUUGUUAUCAAACAAUUCUUAAACUGGAUAUUAAAGAAAAUGGGCAUCACAUGCCAUAAGUGCCGAAGAAAACUCUUGAGAUCACAGACAAAUGUGAUGCCAGGGACUAUGUGGAGACAGCACAACGUAUCAAUUGAGUCAGAUGGUGUCCUUGACAGUGAGACAGAAGGACCCAGAAUAUCUGGUGAAAUGUCUAUGAAAGACCCCUUAGCUGUUAACAAAGUAUCACUUGAUGCCAUGCAAAAACAAUUGGAUGAAAUUCCUUUUCACAGACCAUCAGUCUCACCUGCGCAAAAUGGAUUUGCAGGUGGAGUAGGUGCUUUGGGAAUUAUGAACAAUAGGUUGGCAGAGACAAGUACUGAUAGGUAAACAUUAACACUGGAAUAUGUCAGUAAGUAUGGGAAGAUAAAGAUCAAAUCACAAAGACAGCUAACUGAACAAGAUGAUUUUCAGAAAGGCAAUCCCUAGUUUUGUUGUUAGCAGUAUGUAUUGCAUUUUGCACAUAACGGUUUGUUCUUGCUCAAUAGCCCCUGCUGAAGACAUUCAAUGGUAUCAUUUCAUGUAGCCACACUUAAAAGCUUCAGCAAUAUAUGACAAAAGCAUGAGAAAGUAAACAAAACACCCAACAGACUAAAUUUGCUUCAUUAGUAAUUUAGUCUUAAAAACUGCUGUGUUGUUGUAGCUUAUCAGCUUCAGCACAGAGUGUAAGUGUUGGUGUGAAAAAGACAUCUCCUUGAACCAAUAUGGAAUCUUCUCCAUCCCAUAUCACUGAAACAGCUGCUGCCAUUGACUGCUUAUCCCGUUUGUCAUC